AGAAAUAUAUGUACAAGUUCAAUAAAAUUAUAUGUAUAAGUUCACAGAAUUAUAUGUACAAGUUCAAAAGUUCUUCGGCUGAACUUGGGCGGCGGUGGCUCUGAACUUGAGGGCGGUCGAAGGCGGCAGUGGUGGUGCGGACGAAUCGGGGCGGCGACGGUUGAAGGUGGCGAUGGUGGUGUGGAGAACAUAGAGAGGACGGAGGGAGGCGGCGGUCGAAGAUUCUGAUGGCUGAACUUGGGCGGCGGUGGCUGAACUUGAGGUCGGUCGAAGGCGGCGGUGGUGGUGUGGAGAACAGAGAGAUGACGGAGGGAGGCGGCGGUUGAAGGCGGCGGCGAUGGUGUGGAGAACAGAGAGAUGACGGAUGGAGGCGUUGGAAGAGGCGGCGCCGCGCUGAGGGAUUCGAACCCUAGGCGGCGCGGGUUUAGGGUUCACGGUGACAGGGAAAGGGAGAGGGAGAGAAAGAGAGAGGAGAGAGUGGACGGGCAGAUCGUGAGAGAGAGAGAUGAGGGAGAGAGAAAAUGGAAAUGAGUAAUUUUAGGGAUAUAUGAAUCUUACCAGUUUUAAUUAUAUUGACUUUUAAUCUCAGUCUUUGAUCAAGAUUGAUCUAACGAACCAGAUUGCGUCUCCUUUCUCCAUCUAACUUUGUGUUUCCAUAGAACUUUUCCCUAUAUAUAUAUAUAUAUGUGUGUGUGUGUGUGUGUGUGUGUGUGUGUGUGUGUGUGAAUUAAGCCUAAAUAAUAACAUAUACUCCAUCCGUUCCACGAAUCUUGACACGUUUUUCUUUUUGGGCCGUCCCACGAAUCUUGACACAUUUUCAAAUAAGGUAAUAAUUAUUACAUUCUCUCUCUUACUUUAUCACUUUUAUCACUAAUCUACAACUCUUUAAUUCUCGUGCCGAAACCAAACGUGUCAAGAUUCGUGGAACGGGGGAGUACUAUAUUAAAGGAGCAUUAUUUUUUUGAGACCACCAAAAAUGAUGGGCCCUGGGAGGUCGCCUAUGCUGGCCCAUGCCCAGGGCCGGCCCUGUCUACACCAAACAACGGUGAAAAAAUAAUCGCACCUAGGCAGAAAAAUUACAUCGGGAAAAAAACAGACCUCUAUAUUAUAUAACAGUGAAAAAAUAAUCGUACGCAGGUAGAAAAACUACACUGUAUAUAAACGAAAUUGAACCGAAAAUCUCUCACGAACGAAAGUGUUUGAGUGUCUCACCUUUGUAAAUUCAACUAGGGCAUCAUUAACGGGUAAUAACAAAUAUUAGUUCAUAAAUAAUUAGUGACAUUAUUACGUAUAGUAUAGAUUCUGCUUAUUUCUGAAGGUGGACCCGGGGAAGAAAAUAUCUAGAGCAUGAAGUGCCAAGACUCAAGAGGCCUAUACAGGUAUGUAUAAGCAUCAGUUUAGUCAACCAAAUAAUAAUAAUAAUAAUAAUAUCAAAAUUAAUCAAUUCUAGGUCGGAUUUAUCGCAGGGAGUUUUUAUGCAAUUUUCCAUUACAAUCCAUAUGUCCAAUUUUAACUUAUUGCUCUUACCUUUUCAGCAUAUUUCUAAAAAUAAGACGAUCAUUUGAAAAGUCUUCUUUUCUUUUUGGAGAACAACCAUGGUUCCGAAAAGUUCAAAAUUCAUAAUAUCUGAAUUUUGGAAAAUAAACCUUAUUAGAUAAAAAAAAGAAAGAAAGAAUUAUUCAAGAAUUAAACCUUUUAAUUUUAAAGAGCCGCUUUCCCCUCACUUUCCCCCUCCACCACUCCGAACGCGCUGUACAUAUAUAUAUAUAUACAGUGUGUGUUUCUCGGUCUCUUUUCACGCAGAAAAACACACACAAAUCCAGCAUCGGAACAAAAAAAACAAAAGGCUCAACGUUUCUUGGCUUUUCUUCUGCAAAAGUGUUUUUCUUUUCCUUUUACUUUUCAGACGCACAGAGAUAUAUAUUCUAUCUUGGUCGCAUUAUUAUAGAGAAGUUAUAAUUAACAGAAAAGGGUGGGAAUCCGAAUGAGAUUUCGUGUGAAGGUUUCCAUAUAAGAAGAGAAAAACGGGGAGGAUUGUUUGAGAGAGAAAAUGCGGUGGGUGAGUUUGUUAGGAUUGGUGAUUUUUGUGAGGUUGGUGGCAGGCGGGGUGCACAGAAAUGCCUAUGCUACCAUGAUGUAUAUGGGGACGCCGAGGGACUACGAGUUCUAUGUGGCCACACGUGUCAUGCUGAGAUCGCUCCGUCAUCUUAAGGUCGAUGCUGAUCUCGUCGUCAUUGCCUCCAUUGAUGUACCUUCCCGCUGGGUUCAAGCUCUAGAAGAAGAGGAUGGGGCGAAGGUGGUGAGCGUUGAGAACAUCAGGAAUCCGUACAGCGUUCAAUCGCAAUUCGAUUGGAGAUUCAAGCUAACACUGAACAAGCUUUACGCAUGGAAGCUCGUCCAAUAUGAUCGAGUGGUGAUGCUCGAUGCCGACAACCUCUUCCUCCGCAAAACCGACGAACUCUUCCAAUGCGGCCAGUUUUGCGCGGUGUUCAUCAACCCCUGCAUCUUCCACACCGGCCUCUUCGUUUUGCAGCCGUCCAUGGCGGUUUUCAACGACAUGAUGCAUGAAUUGGAGAUCGGGAGAAGCAAUCCCGACGGUGCCGAUCAAGGAUUUCUCACGAGCUAUUUCCCAGAUCUACUCAGCUCGCCUCAAUUUGUUUCUCCUCCAAAUGGCACCAAGCUGGAUGGGACCUACAGGCUUCCUCUCGGAUACCAAAUGGAUGCUUCCUACUAUUAUCUGAAGCUCCGGUGGAAUGUACCGUGCGGUCCGAACAGCGUGAUCACCUUCCCUGGAGCUUCGUGGCUGAAGCCGUGGUACUGGUGGUCGUGGCCGGUCCUCCCGCUCGGCAUCGACUGGCACAGGCAACGCCUCCAAACUAUAGGAUACGGUGCGGAGAUGCCGAUGGCUGUUAUCCAGGCCGUGUUUUACUUGGGGAUAAUGGGCGUGGCGCGCCUUGCCCGCCCUAAUCUAUCGAAGCUCUGCUACCGUCGCGAGGAAAAGAGCGUCUUCUUCAUCCAAAUCGGCUUCAAGUUGAUCGCUUUGUGGUCCAUUCUUGCUGCCUACUUGCUCCCUAUUCUCUUCAUUCCCGUCACCAUUCAUCCUCUCAUCGGCUGGACCCUCUACUUUCUUGGCGCCCUCUCUCUCUGCUUCGUCGCCGUUAACGCUUUCUUGCUCCCGAUGCUGCCCGUUCUCGUCCCGUGGUUCGGCUUCUUGGGCGCCCUUCUCGUCAUGGCCUACCCGUGGUACUCGGACGGCGUCGUCAGGGCCCUCUCUGUCUUCGCCUAUGCCUUCUGCAGCUCCCCCCUUUUGUACGUCGCGUUUAUCAGAAUCGUGUCUUCCCUGCAAGUUGUGCUCGAGAGGGAAGGUUUCUUGCUGAGGUUGGGCGAGAGUGCGUUGCCCUCUGGAUUCAGUAAGCUUUACUGAAUCGGAGGUAGAGUCUUGUGUGAGAUCGUAUAACGAGUGAAGUGAAGAGAAUUUUAUUGAUUUGUGGGCUGGAAUAUGGGAGGAGAACGAGGAUCAUGUUCUGUAAACAGCCCUGUUUUGCUACAUGCAAAAUUGAAAAGAAAUUUUAAGUGGUUGGAUUUUCAUGA